UCAAACGGGCUGGAAAAUCUGGUUGCACUGCGGGCCUACUGCAGGUCCGUGAACGAUGGAUGUUUUGCCCUCUGUCAAAUUGUUUUGAUGUUUUUCAAUCGAAGGUGUUAUUUUUUUGUUGCGUACAUACAAGGAAUGUGGAACUCUCUUUGAGGCGAUUAACUUAAACUUCCUGCCCGAUCACGUCGAGUGCACUUGUCGUAUCUGUGCGGUCGAUUUGUGUGUGAUUCUAUCAUCUUGAUUUUCUUAUCCUGCGAUCGAAGAAUAUCGGGUACAGAAUUGUACUAUCAUCAUACACUAAACUACGCCACUAGAUUGAUGGUAAAAACGGAAAGGACAAAUUUACACCGCGAACAAUCCGGGUUGAUAUACCACAGAAUGCUGUUUCCGUAAAAGCUCGUAUCGCUAUUGUCCGGAAGCAAAUGCUGUGAAAUUAGGAGCGGAAAGUUUCUAUUUCUCUAAACAAUAACUUGAUACGUACUGCACGCCGAAGAAGCACCCGUAAAAGGCAUUAAUCGAAGUAGCUUCAAUCGACUUCCGAUUUAUCCAUAAACACUCAAUCGACACGACACGAAGUUUGUUUCAAGCGACUGUCUUACUGUUGACUUAAGUGCUUUUGAUGAGCAUAAGUAAGAAUUAAAAAAAAGUGUGUAUCCAAGUACGGUUCAAUUACUGGUUGGCUUGAAACAACUGCUACAUUGCGCUAUCUUUGUGAUACCAGCUGCGCGUUUGUAAGACAAAAACAACAUACACACAAAGUGCCACGAUGACGAACCAGAAACCGACUGCCACAUGCCGGCUAAAACAGGACUACAUGCGUUUGAAAAGAGAUCCAGUACCAUACAUAACAGCUGAACCUUUACCUUCGAACAUCCUCGAAUGGCACUAUGUGAUCAAGGGACCGGAAGAUUCGCUAUAUUACGGUGGUUACUACCACGGGACGCUGCUUUUCACCAAGGAGUUCCCCUUCAAACCACCAUCGAUUUACAUGACCACCCCAAAUGGACGUUUCAAAACAAACAAACGACUAUGUCUGAGCAUAUCGGACUUUCAUCCCGACACCUGGAACCCAGCCUGGUCCGUGGCUACCAUCUUGACCGGAUUGCUAAGCUUUAUGCUCGAGACGACUCCAACGAUGGGCUCGUGCGAAACGACGCCAUACGAAAAACGGCGCUACGCUCAGCAGUCGUUGGAGUUUAAUAUGAAAAAUGAAGUAUUUCAGGAACUGUUCCCCGAGAUUUGCGAGGAGAUCAAUGAAAGGUUACAGAAGAUCGAAGAGCAACGCAAACAGGCGGCCGCAAGCGCCGAAGACGGUAGCAACGGAACGGAAUCCACCGCGGGCGAAACGGAAACGUCCGAUGGUAGCGUAUUUGUGGCCGGUCGAUCCGGAGCGGAUGAUAGUAACAUUUGGCAUUCGUUGUACACCAAUUUGAUUGUGCUCGUGGGCUUUGUCGUGUUUGCGCUAAUAGUGCAUUACGUUAUUAAAAGCAUGAACAUUUAAUAAUGGUCCACUGCUACCCAGCAAUUGUUGCGCAAGUGCGUGCACGAUCGGAGGUUCGUUUGUUGCGCCAAACGUUGAGCUUCAUUCUAACUUACCUAACAUCGGGAAGAACCUUCCUUCUUCAGCAAAUGAUCCUCCAAGAGGAACGUCUAGUUUACAAAAUCUAAUCGUAAAAAAUAGUAAAAGAAUCCACAACCAAUAAAUUGCCCGGCAAACAAAAACAAACGGUGGCGCGGGCAUGUCAUGCAAGAUGAAGUAGCAUCGUUUUGCAUUACACGGCCAUUCACCCAUAUACCAAAUUUGCAUGUUAAAAGAAGGUAAUAUCAAUUUAAACAAAAUCCUUAGUCUAGAAUGCAAAGAGUAAACAUAGGGACAUUCAGCUGUGCAGUAAAUCGCAAAAGUACGCCAAGCAGAAAGCAUAAUGCGCCCAUAGAAAUCAUAACCAGCUAAGGAAGAACGUGAAGUGCAGGAACAGGAUGAUGAAGAAAGAAAGCUGCAGCCCAAGCAUGUUGUAGGAUUUGUAACAUAUACAUAUAUAUAUUAUUUUAUCAUGGUUUUUAUUCUUCUUUGUUGCCCGAUGCCAUUCGUUGCCUCUGCCCGUUCAACGACGCUGCGUUGGGUUGAAUUUGUCGUAAUGGAUUAUACAACUAUCUAAUCUAUGGAUAUACACCUAUAAAAAUAAAAUAAUGUUGCAGAAAUAGAACGCUGUAACGAGCUAAAGGGAACUAGUGGUACGAAGGGUUUGGUGCGGCUGUGCUCAUUAAAAAAGAAAAGCUCUAAUAAAGUAUUGCAUCGAUCGGCCGUUCGAUACCUACGGA